UCCCUCUGUCUUGUCAGUUUGACUGUAACUUAGUUGGUGCUCAUGUUUGGAUUCUCUUGACUGAAAAAGCUGAUGAAGUGCAGGAUAAGGGCAGCGCUAUAACAAUUCCAAGUGGCUGAACUUCUAACCAGCCAGAGCUCAAGAGCACCGUCUUCUGGCAGAAAAGGAUUUGGGUGGAUUACAGUGUAACAACUCCAUCUAAUCCCUCCAUUUACUGAUGCAAGACAUCUUUUGUGUAACUUUUUGACAAAUUCUUCACCACUCUUACUGCCAAAAACACAGCAAACAAAAAUGACUUUAUAGUCACUGACUGCAUUAGGAACAGAAGAAAGGCAACAUCAAGCAUGGAGUCUUUAAGUUCUCAUGCAGGGACUCUCCCUUCCACAUCCAUGUCUCCCACCUUCCCUACUCUCUCAUCUCAUGGAUACCUCCAGUUCUUCUGGGAGUACCAGGAAAAUUCUGUCAUUGUGGAGCAUUACAACUACACCGGCAAGCUGCAGAAAGACCGCUACCGUGAGGGACUUAAACCUGAGGGCAUUGCAUUCCUGGUGGUGUGUCUCCUCAUUGUCCUGGAGAAUGCUGUGGUUCUCGUCGCCAUAUGGAGGAACAAGAAGUUCCACCUGCCCAUGUAUUACCUGCUGGGAAACCUGACUCUGUCGGACCUGCUGGCUGGGAUUACCUAUAUGGCCAACAUCAUCAUGUCAGGACCUAACACGUUGAAACUGACACCGUUGCUAUGGUUCCUCAGGGAGGGAGGUGUCUUCAUUACUCUGGCUGCCUCUAUCAUUAGUCUGCUGGCCAUUGCAAUUGAACGCCAUGUGACUAUGGUAACUAUGAGGCCAUACCAUGGGGCAAAACGAGGACGGAUGUUGGCACUAAUUGGUGCAAGUUGGGCCCUGGCAGGGUUUUUAGGGGUCCUCCCAAUCUUGGGAUGGAACUGCAUCCACAGACUUGACCAGUGUUCAACGGUACUUCCACUUUAUGCUAAAAGCUACAUUCUCUGCUGCGUGUCUGUGUUCAGCGCAGUGCUCCUGGCCAUUGUGGUCCUUUAUGCCCGGGUUUUCCGAAUUGUUCGCACCAACACGCAGCGCCAGCGGCUGGGCCUGUCAGGCAGCAUGAGGAAGGGCUUAGCAAGGAAGUCGCAGAAGUACAUUGCCCUCCUCAAGACAGUCACCAUCGUGCUGGGUGUCUUCAUCGCCUGCUGGCUGCCCCUCUUCCUCCUCCUCCUCCUGGAUUUUUUCUGCGCCACCCGCAGCUGCAGCCUGCUCUACAAGGCUGAUUAUUUCCUGGGUGUAGCCAUGGUCAAUUCACUCCUCAACCCCAUCAUCUAUACCCUGACAAGUAAGGACAUGAGGAGAGCCAUCCUGAGGCUGCUCUGUCGGCCCUGUCUGAUUACCAGAGAUGGACAGGUGAAGAAGAUUGGGAUGCCAUUUCUGGAGUGCAGCUUCAGUAAAACUGAGGUAGCCUCCCAGAAGUUAGAGGGAGGACUGGAAACGACCAUUUCCUCUGGAAAUGUUGUCACCACUCCAUCUCCAAUUAAAGCUCUUUACCCCAAACUCUUCAAGUCAUAAGGACAUAGACUGAGUACAAAAGUGUGUGAAUGGGUUUCCCACUGAACAGAGGACAUGUAGCACAUCCUCUAUGGAGAGGAAGCAGUUGUGGUAUUCUCAAAACUGGAGCAAAGCCAGAAACAGAGACGGCAUGCAAUUUCAUAGCAGCACAAGAGACUUGUGUUUAGACAGAUGUCUCUCCUUUGACAAGUCAAAAGUUAUGAAGUUACAGCAAUAUAACGGCAUCAGCAAACUUCUUUAUAACAUAAUUACAAAACCAAAGACCAUAAGGAUGGCACUCAAAUGUGAACAGACUUUUUUAUGUGUAGGAUGCUAGUGAUGAGUCUCCUUAACUAAUUUGCACUGAUGUAUCACAAUGAAUGGAAAAGCAACUUUGGAUUGGAUUUCCUGUGGUUCUGUAGUCUGUGUUGAUGCCUAGAAGGGAACUCAAAGACUGUUGUUGUGACUUAAAAAGCACAGAGCUGACACUCUCUUCCAGACUUGCUGGAUUAAUGGUGAACAAGUGUAGAUUGCUUUUCCUUUUUUUCCCCCUUUUUUGCUUUUUCUUAUUGAAGUGCCUUAAAUAUACAGCACAAAUACUCCUAAUACUUGUAAUGUAUAAUCUGUGCAUUUGCAGACACCUGGAUUUCGCUGGUUCGAAGGCCCGUGGUGGACUAAAAUUUGUUCAAAUAAAAUCACCCCUACGUCUAUCUGUGUGCGUAAUGCGGAGAAACUUACAAGGAAACAGACAGAUUAUAAGAAAGGGGAGGUGUGGCACUCCCUCCUAACUUCUUGCAAACAGAGCUUGCUGAAGAAUGCUGUGGCAUAGUGGUGGGAGGGAAGGUGCAGAAUUUGAAAAAAAUAAAAAUAGUUCUGAAAUGACAGAACGUUUACAUAUCUGUUGUGGAAGUGGAAAGUUGUCGGGGUUUGUGUCCGAUUGUUUUUAAAUGCAGUGAAACUGCUACAACAACAAAAUGUCAACAUGCCUGUCAUGCGAUGAACUGAUGAAUGCAACAAAUAAGCCUUUUUUCUGUUGUGACACACUAAUAGUUUAACUCCAACUGAGAUCAGCUGUGAUUGCAACAGUAUAAAGUAUAAACCCUGUAAAUUAUGACAAGAUUUGCAAAUAAAGUUGUGAUGCAAUGAAUCAUCAUCAUCCAUCAGGAGCUCUAAGGAACAGAAUGUGCCUGCACUUGAAAACUAAAUAAUAUGGAAUCAGGACCGACUCAAAGUACAGCUAUGCAAAUACUUCCAUUCACUAGUCAUCAUGAACAUUUCUAGGUGUAGUUAAAGGUACUGAAAUAUCCUAAUUAUAAAAUGAGUUUGACGUCAGUCUUUUUAUACACGUUUUAAGUGCGGCCUUUCCAGACCUUAAUUGAUGUGCUUUUUUGUACUGAAAAUUCAUGUUUUGAACUUUAUGUAUUUCUGAAGACAUUUUUACAACAUUUGUAUUGUAAAUUAUAUCUAUUUUGUAACAAAAAAAGGGUAGCUAACUUUACCUUUCUUUUCUUAAAAAAAAUAAUAAAAUGUUUUUCUAUAAGA